CCCUUUAACAUCAGUUUCUAUUUGUUGGAAAUUAGAAAUUCUGUAAAAUGCUAUUCCUAGUAACGAGAACACAAUUUUCCAGCAACAGUGGCACAAGAUCUUGUGUACCGCGGUGCAUGUUCGUAAUACAUGGUACAUGCUCUUGUGAGAGGCAAAAUGGGUUUUAAACUAAAUCUAACGGUAUGUACACAGAUACCUUCACGUAAGCCAGUUGAGGCUAUGGAUCAAUUGCCAUGCUUUGGUAAUCUCACAAAUUUAUUAUAAGCGGUCAUUUUGUCCGACACUAGGUACAGUUGUAAGAAUGCCAUCAUGUUUGCUAUUGUUACAUUUCUUCAAGUUUGUUAAUCCUAUAUACAUAGUCCACAUCUAUAAAAGAUCUACGUAGUCUUAGUUUUUGUGUUCCAUGUUUGCUUUAUUUUCCUAUUUGGUUAUUUUUGCAGGAUUUGAGAUGGGUGAGGAUGAACCUUUGGAGCAAGUACUUGAGCAAGGUCAAACUUCACGUCGAAGUGUCAGAAUUGCAGUGAAGAAAACUGAAACUGUUCAACAUGCAGAAAAUGGUAUCACGUCAGCACAGAAAAAGAAAAGUAGUGCAGAGUCUUCAAGUGAUUAUCGGAAGAGAAUAAAGGCAGACCCGGAAAGAUACCGAAACCACUUGGAGUACGAAAACAAUCGUGUAAAGCUAUUCUUGGCCAACCUGACACCAGAAAAGAAAGGGCAGUACCAGAAAGUGACAAAUGAGCGUGUGAGAAAGUGGAGGGCUGAACAGAAGGCUGUGGGAAAGAGUGUUAGCUCAUAUGUUGCACCAAAAACCAGAAAAGAAAAGGAGACAAAAAAAGAACAAUGGAAAAUGCAAAAGGCUACAUGGAGGGUCAACAGAUCUGAAGAACAAAAGGCAGCAGAAAAAGAAAAAAGAAGGCAGAAGUAUCUUGAAAAGAAAAGAAAAAACAAAGAGGAAACUGCGGCUCUGAAUGGAAAGAAUGUUAUCAGAGAACCAUCGACACCAAACCCUGAACAGCCAUGUUACGUAGAUCCUCAGUGUACCCCUUCCACAUCAACCCUCAGUUCUGAAAGAGAACCUACCCUUCAGUGUGUAGAAUCGGUCCCAGCAACUCCUUACAAGAAGAAGAACACACUCAACAAAGCUGUCUGGCGGAUGAAGAAGGCAAUGCCAACUGACAAGGGGAAAUUUGUGCACGUGUUUGGAACCGUGGUGGACCGUGCGACUCCACGCACUCGUCGUCUUCUUCACCAGAGAUUGGGCAUUGGAGCCAAAUCUAGAAAACGAAUAAAUUUUCUCGCUUCGUCAGUGUCUUCACUCAGGGAAAGCAUCCAUGCGCUUAGAAAAAAAAGAAAUAAGAGGGAUGUCAGUGCUAAGAAAACAGUGGCACUCAUGCUAAGUUUGAAGAAAAAGUACUCGUACAGAGAAAGUAAACUUUUAGGACUCAAUUAUAAACUCCUCCAGAAGGCAGGAAAAGCAAAGAAUUUGGACGAAUUAAAUGUACGGAAAAAAAGAAAAGAUGCACUGUCAUCACAGACUGUUCAAAAGGUGGAGCAAUUUUACAGGAGGAGUGACAUUUCCCGUACUCAGCCAGAUGCGCGGAGUGCAAAGAAAGGAUCCAAGGAUGAGUAUCCCGUGGCAAGGAGGGUGAUGGAUAUGUCAACGGCAGCAGCGUACGAAAUGUUUAGGGCAGAAAAUCAUCAUACAGCCAUUUCAAAGACGAAAUUCCGACAGCUGAGACCCAAAGAUGUCUUGCCCUCAACACGCACAAGAAAACAGAACUGCCUCUGCGAGUAUUGCGCUAAUAUUGAUCUUAAACUAGAGGGCAUUGGUCGCUUUGCAGCAUCUCAGCGUCUGCAAGAUUUGACAUAUAAGGACAGAUACGACCUUUCCAGGUCAACUCUGUGUCCAAGAGGGGAGGAUGGCGAGUACAAGAUGGCAUGCCUUGAAAGGAAAUGUGCAGCCUGUGGGACAUCUGCCAUUGAAGUGAAACUACGUCCUCUACUAGAGACCCACAUUGAAAAUCAAGUGAUUUUCUUUAAGUGGGAGAACACUACUUAUGUCCACAAAGGUGUCACCAAGAAGAAGCUGACUAGGCAGAGGAAAACCCUACUGGCUCGUGAUUUCGUCACAGAACUGACGGAAGAGGCAGCCAGCAUAUCAAAACACCUCUUCAAUGCCAGAUGGCAAGGAAAGCAGUAUGAUGCGGUCUCCAGUGACGUACCAGCAGGCUGGGUCGUCAUCUGCCAGGAUUUUGCAGAGAAUUUUUCUUGCUGGUACCAGGAUGAGGCUCAGGGAGCACACUGGGGACACGAUUCGGUGACACUUCAUGCCAAUGUUGCCUCAUACAGGUGCCCUGAAGAUGACUGUGAUCUGAUGACGAAUCAUUCGUUAAUUUUUGUCAGUAAUGACCUGAAGCAUUGCCAUGAUGCUGUCCAUGCAUUCAACUUGUCAACAAUGGACAUUCUAGUUAACCUUGGCGUCUCCAUGAAAAAGGUUGUAUAUUUCUCUGAUGGAGCCCCGACACAAUACAAAAACAAGUCUGCCUUCUGCGACUUAGGGUAUGCUUUUGAAGACUUUGGGGUUCAUUGUGAACGACAUUUCUUUGGGACACGGCAUGGCAAAGGACCAUGUGACCGGGAGUUUGGCACCCUAAAGAAAGUUGUUAAUCAGCGCGUCAAGGAAAGGAGAGCCGAAAUUGGCACCGCUGAGCAAUUUUUCUUAUACUGCCGUGAUCAUCUGAGCAAAGAAGAUGGUCACGUCCACUACAAGAGAUCCUUCUUCUUCAUUGAAAGUGCGGAUAUUAAGAGAAACCGAGAGCGGGCUAGCAACCUGAAACCUCUACCCCAGACAAGACAGCAGCACUGUCUUAAGAUGGUGAAACCGUACAUCAUCAAUAACCGUGAACGGAGCUGCUUCUGUCAUGUGUGCACAGAGAGGGAGGAAGGCAGCUGCCAACAUGCAGACAUUACUGGCAAAUGGAAUAUCGCCAGUUUGCUCAAACGUAGCAAGGAUGCUGAUGCAGAUACGAGCCUGUCUACAUGCCCUGUUGCUGAGCCAAUUCCUGUCAAAUCUGCAGACGACAAUAUCACUCCAGCAGUUGAGCUCUUUGAGAAUGACGACCACCCUGAAGAGAUUGGCAACCUUUCUGCCGACGAUCCUGAAGAUGGCCCACGACUUGUGAUGGAUGUUGGUGCUGCAGCCAUUAAACCAACAGGAUCCUUCCCACUGGGUAGCUGGGUGAGCGUAGGAUUCAACAGAAAUGGCAAGAAGAAUCCACUGCUGUUUUUCAAUGGAACUGUUCUUCAAACUGACAGUCAUGAAGUCAAAGUACAGUUUUUGAAGAAGAGGGGCAAUUAUUACAGCUUUCCUGAACUUGACGACGUGUCCUGGGUUCCAUCGAAAGAUGUUCAGGCACUGAAGCCACCAACAAUCAAUGCCCGCAGCCAAUACUUCUUUAUCUGAUUAAUUAAAGAAGUGAAACUGAAA